AUGGAUCCUCCAUGGAGGCAACAGGUAGAUCGAUUUUGUUACCAAUAUCAACAACUGGAGACUAAUCUUGACUAUCCGCAAGACGAAUUCCUCUGCCUGGAGGAGGUGCAGGAGGACAUCUACAAGCGUGUCUUUUGCGAUGACGUUUCCAAUUAUGGACCGCCGAACAGAUAUCGCAUCAAGAUUUUGAAGGAGUUAUUGUCGCGAAUAGAGUCUUCGAUAGAUGACUGGGAUAAAUAUGCCGUCUCCGAUGAACUCAUGUCCACAUUAUCCGUGCUUCUGUCCACUCCCAAAUCUCCUGAAGCUUUGUGGGCGCAAAAAAAGUGCUACGUAACAUAUCAUCUCUCCCUGUUGGAGCCUGAGACGCAAGAGAAACAAAUUGCCCAGCACCCCAGUAUCACUCUAUUCGAGAAUAGAAACCUCAUCGCUGCCGGAGGCACCACGGGAUUGCGGACAUGGGAAGCGGCGCUACAACUAGGGCAGUAUCUCUGCCAAAACCCUUCCCUUGUUGCUGGAAAACGCAUACUUGAGUUGGGGACCGGCACUGGAUAUCCUUCGAUCCUCUGUGUGAAGCAUUUACGAGCGGCUCAUGCCAUUGCCUCGGACGGUUCCGACGACGUCAUCAACAAUUUACCGGAUAAUUUGUUCCUCAACAAUCUUCAGGACUCGUCGAAAAUUACACCAAUGGACAUUAAAUGGGGUCAUGCACUGGUCGGCACUGAGGACGAGAAAUGGAAUGGCGGUCAGCCGGUUGACAUUGUUCUCGGUGCUGAUAUCACCUAUGAUCAACGCGUGAUCCCUGCCUUGGUUGCGACUCUCUUCGAUCUGUUUGGGCUAUACCCCAACGUGGAGGUUUACAUCUCGGCUACUGAACGAAAUGCAGCUACCUUUUCAGCAUUUCUGAAUGUAUGCAAUGAAAGGGGACUUUCGGUUGAAAAAUUGCAUUUCGAGGUGCCUCCUCAGUCGCGACAGCAUGGACCGUUUUACGAUGAUCAACUGGCAAUCCACUUGUGUCGAGUAUCUAACACUUGA